AUAGAACUGGUCUGCAGACAGCAGAAGAGGAGGAUAAAGACUAAACGAACAGUAGGAAGAUAAGAGCUCAAAGACCAGACUGUUGGCAGUUAUCAGGUGCGUUAUGAUGCUUUUAGAGAGAUCAUAGCAUUGGAUUUAACUGAUAUUAGAGGAGACCGGUGCUGAUUGUCACAUUUUACUCUUGCGUGUAUUUCUCAGUACCAGUAUAUUUUGCAAGCCUCUUUUCAACAGUAAUGGAAAGACAAAGGUAUGGUGUUGAAAUGGGAACCAUUUUCAUCCUAAUCUUAUUCUAACAUGGAGUUAUUAGCCAUCAAAUACUCACAGGGAUAGAUGUCACACAGUCUGGUGUUGGUUGUUACAAUGUCUGCUAGCAGUUUAUUCCUUUUGUAACAAGAAAUGAAGCGAUGUAACAGUCUUAAUGUCCAAGAUUUUCUAUAAUCAAUAUUAUAGAUAACAGUUCAGCAUUUUAUGCCUUGCACAACAUGACAUUUAGCAAAUUAUUCACGCAUGUGUGGGUGUGACAUGUGAGAGAGCCAAGGAAGAGUAGGUUAUUUUUUUUAUUUUUCUAUUAAUCUUAAAUUCAAAGGUAAGCCUACAUUUAUUUUCUUUGUCACUGAUAGGGAAAUUACGUUUUGUUUGUCAGGUAGUCAGAAUAUUGCUUUGACCAGGAAAAUAUUUUUUUCAUUUGUUUCAUCUGAUCAAUAUUGGUUAAAUUAAACGUGGGUUAAUCUAGCUAAUGGAUGGAGUUAGAAUUCAAAUUAACUGACAAGGUAAAUGGGCUAAUUUGAUUAUUUUAAAACGCAUGGUAGGAAGAUGACAUGCAAGUGUGUGCACUCACCUGCCACAUUAGAGAUGACAGGAUCACUGUCAGGGUAUUCCUGGCCUCCAUCCAGACAAUCCGAACGGUAACAGCCUUCACCUGUCCUGUAGGCGAGUUCCCUCGGUGUGCUUUGCAGCUUCACGGGGGCUGUUAAGUAAAAUAUUUUAUCGAAAGGGGCACAAAAAUAGAAGCAAGUUUGUAGCCUAUUUUACGCAAGCUAAAAAUAAAAAAUACGUCCGUUUUGUAGAUGGCGCACGUGCGUAACCCCUCCAUUGAAGUCAUCAAAUGUUUGAAAGUGUAAUGAAUUGUAGCCUAGUUGUAGGCCUAUCAACUAUGAAUUGAUAGUUUCGUUUUAUGUAAAUAAUAUUGGAUUAUGGAAUUUUUUAUUUUGCAAAAUAUUUGUCAUUGAAACUGCAUUAGCCGAAUUGGAAUGCCAUUGAACAUGGAUGGUGGCUAUGGCAGCGUGGCAGUGGGCCCAGGGAUAUCGGGCAGUCUGGGUGGCUCUGAGACGGUCCCACUGCUGAUCACGGACCCCGAACCAGAGACUCCGAAAUGGCAGCCCAUGUCCAAGGAGCAGCUGGAGCUCGAAGCGGGGGGCCCGGGGUGGAGGAAAAUACGCUCCCGCUUGGUGCUGUUCUUCUGGCUGGGUUGGCUGGCCUUGCUGGGCGCCUCUAUCGCCAUAAUAGUGCAGAGCCCACGGCCGGUCGCACCGCCGCUACUGUGGUGGCAGAGGGCGCUGUUUUACCGCCUACAGCCCAUACUGCUCAUGGACGCCCAGAACGAGGUGCCAGGUGGUAUCGACGGUGAGUUAAUAAAGGACUUAAACACCCAAGAAUACAGUAGCCGCACUAUAUAGACUACUCUCAUCACAAUGUAAAGUGUGCAUGCACUGGGAAAGUGGUGCCUUCAGUUCAAACAUUGUAUUUAAUGUUUUCUAACCACAAAACUCACGAAAAACGACAAUGCAAUCUUAAACAUUCAUAAAAGGCAUUGGGUUGAACUAAAUUAAUCCAUGAUUAGGCCUACUGAUAUACAAAAGUAUGUGGACACAAAUUAGUGGAUUUGGCUAUUUCAGCCACACCCAUUGGUGACAGGCGUAUAAACUCGAGCACACAGCCAUGCAAUAUCCAUAGACAAACAUUGUCAGUAGAAUGGCCUUACUGAAGAGCUCCGUGACCUUCAACAUGGCACCAUCAUAGGAUGCCAGCUUUCCAACAAGCCAGUUUGUCAAAUUUCUGCUCUGCUAGAGCUUCCCCAGUCAACUGUAAGUGCUGUUAUUGUGAAGUGGAAAUGUCUAGGAGCAUCAACUGUUCAGCCAUGAAGUGGUAGGUCACACAAGCGCACAUAACUGGACCGUCGAGUGCUGAAGCGCGUAGUGUGUAAAAAUUGUCAGUCCUCAGUUGCAACACUCACUACUGAGUUUCAAACUGCCUCUGUUUGUCGUGGUUCGGGCUAGGCCACUUAGUUCCAGUUAAGGGUAAUCUUAACGCUACAGCAUACAAUGACGUUCUAGUCGAUUCUGUGCUUCCAACUUUGUUGCAACAGUUUGGGGAAGGCCCUUUCCUGUUUCAGCAUGACAAUGCCCCUGUACAAUGAGGUCCAUAUAGAAAUGGUUUGUUGAGAUCGGUGUGGAAGAACUUGACUGGCCUGCACAGAGCCCUGACCACAACCCCAUCGAGGACCGUUGGGAUGAAUUGGAACGCCGUCUGCAAGCCAGGCCUAAUCGCCCCAACAUCAGUGCCCGACCUCACUAAUGCUCUUGUGACUGAAUGGAAGCAAGUCCCUGCAGCAAUGUUCCAACAUCUAGUGGAAAGCCUUCCCAGAAGAGUCGUGGCUGUUAUAGCAGCAAAGGGGGGACCAACUCCAUAUUAAUGCCCAUGAUUUUGGAAUGAGAUGUUCGACGAGCAGGUGUCCACAUACUUUUGGUCAUGAAGUGUGUGUGUGUAGUCUAUCUUGCAUGAACUCGUUUUCAUGAAUUUUAUGAUACAGGCCUACUCUUGAAGUCCAGUCAAUAACAAUAGCCUAACUCUGUGAUAUGGGGAACUUCCUAAAAAGAUGCAGCUACAACUGGAAGUAGCAGGUUAGGAGGGUGUUUUCGCUAAGCCUUUUCCUAACGUUAACCUAGUUCUCCUAACCUGUGAGCCUUUGGAAAUAGUUUGGGGGUGCUGCAAAAAAAAAAUUAAAAAUCGCAGACCUGCUGGAAAAACGUGUUUGUCUGCACUACAGACAGCUAUAUCGUCCGCUAAUACAGGACUACAAGCCCAGUGCACAACUUUUGUGAGGGGAAAAAUUUAUUUUAUUUAUCUUUUAAAUUACAUUCCGAUUUUUCAGGGGGUGCUGCUGCACCCUCAGUCCCCCUUCUUCCUGUGGCUAUGCUGCUGCAUAUAUUCUCCUAACCUGCUACUUCGUAGCUGUAUCGAAGCGUCAUGUCUGUAAAGCUAGUUUCUGAGUUGUUUUGUGGUAUUCUUCUGGUUGUUCAGUGGUAUGUGAGCGCCUACCUUACCUGAAGUCCCUGGGUGUGGAGGCUCUGAUUCUGGAAGGGCUGUUUUACCAGGACGCGUCCCCUCUGGACCUCAAAAAGAUUGAUAAGCGAGUGGGUACAGUGCCUCAGAUCCAACAACUGCUCAUGGAGAGCCACAAAGCAGGUAUGUACUCAAAACAUCAUUGCCCUUACCAGGGGCUCAACUUUCACUUGGGACGGGGGGGGGGACAUGCCACCCCACCACCCAGUUUUAUCAUUGGAAUGUGAUACAAAACGAGGCAACGGUGUGCUUUAGGACCAUGCGGACGCCUCCGAGCGGUCGGGUAGGCUGUUUUGGAGUGUUUAUCUGACUUCUAAAACCAAAGUUGCGCCCCUGGCCCUUACAACAAGUUGGCUAAUGCCAGACUUAAACCGAGGCCAGCUAGCCUGUAUCCUCACAAGGACAUUCCCAGAGCUCUUGAAAGAUGCACUUAACUUAUUGUAUGUUCUGAUCCACUAUUCACAUGGUCUCCCUCCUUUAGGCAUCAAAGUAGUGUUUGACUUCUGUGAGCUGGACCUGUUCGGACCCCAAGACUCAGUAGGCAACAACUCUGCUGUGCCCUCUGACCUCACUGGCUCAAUACAGGUAGGCUAGGUCUUGCAUGACACCAUGGGGUAGAAUGGCUAGAUCUUGGUUUCAAUUGUUACAUAGACUGAAUGAGUUUUAAUAAUAGUUCUGUUUCUCCAGUAUGCACUCAGAUUUUGGUUGGAACAGGGUGUGGCAGGAUUUGGGAUCUGUGACACAGACGCUGCAUAUUCAGAAAAGGUUAGACUGUUGAACAAUGCUCAAAAUUGGUUGCCAACCAAUCAAAGCCAGAACAAUUUAUUUCAGGUUCAUGCAUUAUAAGCACUGAUGUUUAACUGAAUGUUAUAUUAUCUAUUCAUGUUGUCUGUUCGUUUUAGACCCUGACAGAGUGGAGAGUUCUGGUCAAGGAGUUCAGCACAUCAGAUGAAGAGAGGUGCUGUGGCACUGCAAACACUUUUAAUAUGCAUAACAAAUGAUACACAACUCUCACAUACUGUCAUACCUGUGUUCAUUAAAAUGAUAUCUUUGUUUUAGAUAUAUGUGAGGAAUCUGUUAGGAUUGAGGAAUAUGUAGUUCAUGUUUUUAUAGCAAAGUAGUUGCGGUUGAAGUUGGAAUGAAACCUGUGUCAUCUGUGCAGGAUUGUAGUGGUGAAACAAACAGGAGAGUCUCUACCUGCCCUGAAUACCUCUAGCACGUCAGCCAACCGCUCAUUGGUGGAGCUAGUUAUGAUGUCACUACUGCCGCACGAGCAUCACCUCCUGUCUGGACAGGAAGUGGCCAUUGCUGUGGAGAGACAUCUGUCGACAUCCCACGGUGAAAUUUGGCCCAGUUGGACGGUAAUGACCCGACAUUCUUUCUGUUAAUUCUAUCACAAAGUAUAGGCUAGUGAGCAUGGUGUCCAACUCCUUAUUUAUUGGCAAAAUUACAUCAAUUGUGUGUGUCGUUGCGAUGCCAGGUGGGCGGUGAAGCAUCACCGGUGUUGCACAGAAUACUCCUGGUUCUGAUGAUGACACUACCUGGAUCACCUGUUGUCAAAUACGGAGAAGAAAUAGUCCAUUCACCGGUAAGAGACCUCAGUCCUAGGGAUGCAAUACAGACCAACUGCAUCUGAUGUGGUCAUGCUUUAGUACAGUGGAACACCAUUCAAUCGUUUUCUUUCUGUGGUGAAGAAUGUGUCUGCAGAUAUGAGCUGGGAACGUGAGGCAGACAAGACCAAUGGACUGAACGACUCUGUUGGGGUGAGUAGUCCAAACCUCUCCAAAACGGGCAAUUUUAGUCAGUAAAAUAAUAUCAAGUUUGUAAGUCUUCACAUACCUACAGUAUUACGACAUCUGAGCUCAGUGGUUCUAGGCACUUUGGCAAGUGGUUUAAGGAUGUUUACCACAGAAAGUCUCUCAGAAUGACAGGCCUAUUUUUUUUCUUCUUUGAUCUGUUUCUCUGUUUAUGACACCUCCUCUGUUCUUUCCUUCAGGAACAGAGGAUGCUCAAACGCUCUGCCUUGGCUCUGUUCAGCUCCCUCAGUCACUCUCGCCUCAGAGAAGAAUCUCUCCUUUAUGGGAGCUUCACCUUCCUCCCCUUCAACACCACCUCCCUCCCCCACUACUCCUCCAAUUCCACCCUGGCCCCCCCGUCAGCCCCUGUGCUAGCCUUCCUGCGCUCUUGGGGCUGUGUCCACUUCCUGGUGCUGCUCAACCUGGGGCCUGAGUCCCAAGCCCUGGACCCAGCCUGGGCUCCCAGCCUUCCCACUGCUGGGGUGUUUGUGACCAGCACAGGGAUGGACCGCCUGGGCGCCACCUCCCUGGAAACACUGAGGCUCCAGCCAGAGGAGGCCAUAGUCAUCAAACUGUUUGAGUCUGGCAGCUACUCCUCC